AUGGUGGCGCGAUGCCUGGAGGUGACAGUGGGAUCGACGUCAGGGCUCAAGGACAGCAAGUCCACGACCAAGUCCGAUCCCUACGCCGUGCUGCGCCUGGGCUCCGUUCAGCACCGCACGCACACGUCGUGCUCGCAAAUCUCACGGCCCGUCUGGAACCAUCGCUUCAGCUUCCUCCUUCCGGACGACGGCCAAGGGCCCAUGGUAACUCUCCUCUCCUCCCUCGUCCCCCGCCACUCCUCUUCUCUCCUCGUCUCUCCUGUCUUCUCCUCGUCUCUCCUGUCUUCUCCUCGUCUCUCCUGUCUUCUCCUCGUCUCUCCUGUCUUCUCCUCGUCUCUCCUGUCUUCUCCUCCCCUUAACCUCCCACCCGCUCCCUCUCCCCACUCUUCUAUUGUCCUUCCCAACGCCUCUGGUUCCCCGUCGCGUCCAGUUUUCCACUCUCCCUCCCUCAUCCAAUCCGCUUCUCUUUCUCUCACACAUCUAUGCUCUCCCCUUCUCCAUUUUCCAUUCCCACCUGCGCCAUUCCCCCCACACCACCCCACGCCAUCCCUCCCCCACCAUCCCACGCCAUCCCUUCCCCACCACCCCACGCCAUCCUUCCCGCGCCAUUCCCCCGGCGCCAUCCCCCCCCCCCUCCCCCCCUACCCCCCACCCCCCGUGUCCCCCCAGGAUCUGCACGUGCAGUUCUGGGACAAGGCGGACGCGGGCGAUCGCAUACUGGGGUCGUGCAAGCUCAACCUGUCGCCGGUCUUCGCGGACGGGCAUCUGGACGUCAUGCAACCCGUGCACCGCCGCAACGGCAAGUUGCUCGGCCACGUGCGCCUGCACCUCUCGCUCCUCGUCGAGUCCUCCCCGCCCUCCCCGCCCCGCCCGCGGAGUAACUCGGCCUCCCGCUCCGCCGCUGGGGCCGCCGCGGAGCGGGAGGCGUCGGAAGCCGCCACCGUUUCCCCUUCUCCCGCGCGCCUGGGGCCUUCCGCUGCAGCUCUUGCGGGGCAAGGUUCCGCGGGUGGAGGGGGAGCGGGAAGGGGAGGGGGAGGGGGACGGGGAGGCUCUCCCGCAGCGUCGUCUAUCCGCGCGUACUUGCCCGCGGGCUCCGCCGUCUCCCCUCUGCCCUUGCGCCUCAGGAGCCCCGACGCGGACCUCAACGACGGGCGCUUCUCUUCCCCCGCGCAGCCUGUGCGGGAGCAUUCCGCGCUCUCUGGGAUGUCUGGAUCCGCCCUAGGGGGAGGCGGCGGUGGAGGGGGAGCGCUUUCCCGCUCCCCGUGCCCGUCCAGUCUCUCCGCGCCAGCUGCGCCUUUCCCCCUUUCCUCCCUGGCGGCAUCGUCCCACCACCAGGCGCAGCAGCAACCGCGCCCGUCCUCCGCCUCCUCGUCAACUUCCGCCGCGCUUUCCGCAGCAAUAGCCGCCGCAGCUGCCUCCGCCGCGGCCGGAAACCCCCUGGACGCGAAUACGCGGAAGCUCCUUGCGCGGCUACUGGGCUCGCGCCUAGGCUCCGCCGCCGGGGGGCUGUCCGGGGGACUUGCGGGGUUGGUAAGGGGAAGCGGAGCGGGGAAUGGGAUGGUGGAAGGAUGCAGAAGCGCGGAUGCCCUAGCAAGUGCAUUUGAGAGCGGGGCCGGGGGGGGAGUGGCGCAGAGCGGACUGCUGGGUGCGCUUGACCUGCAGAGGCGCUCCAGUGGGGGCGGGGGGAGCGGUGUGGGCGGGGUUGGCGCAGGGGGGGGACACGCGCUUGGGGGAAGUGGGCGUGAUGGCGGAAGCGCAAGCGUUGGCGCGAGUAUCAGCGCGAGCGCGAGCGGAAGCGGGAUCCCGCGGAGGGUGGUGGGCGGGGGAAUAGACGCGGGUGUGCUUGCCGCGCUGCUAAAGGCGGGGGGGGUUUCCGCCCUUUCGGGUAUAGCACAGCGGCAAAGCGUCAGCGGAAGCGCCAGUGGCGCAAGUGCGGGCGGAGGCACUUGGGGGGCACUCGCAGGUGCUGGGGGCGGGGGUGGGGGUGCGAGUGGUGCGGGUGCGGGGCGGGAUGAUUUGAGACGGCAGGGGAGUGAGAGUGGGGUAGCUGGUGGUGGGGUAAGAGACAGGGGGGGGAUUGUGGCAUUGUCCUCGGACGCAUCACUUGGGGGAGAGGUGGGAGGCGGGGGCGGAGGCGGCGGGGGGGGCGGAGGGGGAGGGGGAGGCGGAGGCGGAGGAGGGAGGGGAGGAGGUACUGCAGCUGCUGUUGCCGCUGCGCUUCUUGCAAAGCUGAACAGCCCAGAUGGAGUGGCUACAGCGAAGGAGCUUCUAGCGAGUAAAGACAGGGUAGGGGUGGGGUGUGCAAUGGGCGGAAUGGGGGUUGGAGGCGAUUGGCAGCGUGGGGCGGGUGGUGCAGGGAGCAAGGGUGCUGGUUUGCAGAGACGAGCGAGUCUAGACAGCUGUAGCACUGGCCGCGAUAUGGCCCAUGCCGCUGCUGCCGCUGCCGCUGCUGCUGGGGGUGGUACUGGUGCUGGUGCUGGGGCUGGUGGGCGCCUAGAUGAGGAGGAGGAGGAGGAGAUGGAUGAAGGAGAGGCGGCCGCUGCGGCGGCAGCAGCAGCAGCAGUAGCCGCGGCUUCAGUGCGCGCGUGGCAGAGAGAAGGUGGCGCUUUAGGUGAAGCAGCAGCAGGAGCAGGAGCAGGCAGCAAGGGGGAAUGUGGAGAAGGUGGGGUGGGAAGCGAGGUAGGAGCAGGCGUAGCAGAGAUGGCAAUGGGUCUGUUUGGGCCAAGGAACGGCGAGAUGAGUGGUGAUCUAGGUGGCGAGCAGAGGGGUGUGGGAGAAGAGGAGGCGGAGGAGGAGGAGGAUGAAGAGGACGAGGAGGAGAAGAUUCUGAAGCUUGUGGUGGUUGGAGGGGAUGAGGACGAGGCGGAUGAGAGCAUGCGAGACGAGCAACCGCAACAGGGCCAGCAGCAACCGAAACACAGACAGCAGCAACAGCCGCAGCAGCAGCAGCAGUCGCAGCAGCAGCAGCAGCGGGUAGGUGAGCCAAGCUCGAGUGCCGCAGAGUGCAGAGAAGCAGCAAAGGAGGGUGAUGAAGAGGCACGUGUGGCAGCAGGGGGUUCGCCCAUGGAUGUGCAAGGGCGGGGCUGUGAGGGGAAUGAUGCUUCUACUGCUGCUGCUGGUGCUGCUGCUGCAGCAGCAGGAGAAUACAACACAACUCUAAGAGGUGGGGGCGGAGGAGGAGGGCAAGGAGGAGUGGGACGAGGCAGCUCACAGCAGCAGCAGCAGCAGCAGCAGCAGCAGCAGCAGCAGCAGCAGCAGCAGCGGCAGGCAGCAGAUGCGUUCAAGCCCCCACGGCCCGGCACGAGCUCGCUGCUCUCGCGCUUCCCCCGCCCGCCGCCUCUGGACAUGAAGGCAGUGGGGUUUGACUCGGAGCCCUCGCUCUUCUCGCCCUCCAUUCUCGCAGGCCCUGACGACCAUGGGAGCCUGCCUGGCGGCCUCACUGGUUUUGGCUCCAUAGGCAUGGAUGCGGGAGGGAUUGGGAACAGCAGCGGCGCUGCGUGUGGGAACGGCGGGAGCAGCGGUGGUGGUUGUGGGUCCGGCAUGGGUUCUUUUGGUGGAGGAGGGGCGCUGGUGGGGGGGAAAGCAGGAGGGGCAGGAGGAGUUGCUGGGAGCAGCAGCACAGGCAACUGCGGCGGCGGCGGUGGUGGUGGUGGCAGCAGUGGUGGCAGCGGUGGUGGCAGCGGCGCAGUAUUCAUUAUGCCGUCGCCCCUAAUGUCACCCACGCUGCUGUUCUCCCCACUCUUCCCAACGUCUGGUGCCGACACCAUUUUCUCCCCUGCCACACCAUUCUUUCACUCCUCCUUCGCCCCCACGCCUUCUGCCCGCCGUCACACUCGCAGCCUGGGUGCCAUUCCUGAGGGGCUGGCGGAGGGUGGGGGUGUGGGGAGGGGGGAAAGGGAGAAAAGAGGAAAUGGUGAUGGUGGUGGGGAUGGUGGUGAUGAUGGUGGUGAUGCCGAUGGUGCUGCGCUUUCGCCGAUUGUUCGCGGAAGCAGGGAGGGUGAGGAGGUAGAUUUUGUUCAGGAGCACGACAGGGAGGGGCACGAUGGGGAGGAACACGAUGGGGAGGGGAUGGUAGGGAAUAUCCGCAGUGGGGGGUGUGGUGAUGAAGGGCAGAGCAGUGGGGGUGAUGCAAGGAACAUUGCAGGUGCGAGAGAAGCAGAUGGGUGUGGUGACAGGUGGCCACAGGGGGAUGCAGCAGCAGCAUCAGCAGCAGCAGCAGCAGCAGCAGGAGAAGAAGGAGGGACGAGUGGAGGAAAUGGAGGAAGUGGUGAUGCGAGGGAGUCUGCUGGUAACGGCUGCAUGGUGGCAGGAGAAGCAGGAGAGGCAGAGGGUGGAGCAAGCGACAGGCAUAACGGUGGCAUUGCCAUGUCAGGGAAGUGCUGCUGGGUGCCAGUCACAGUCAAUGCUAUGCCAUCACCCAAGCUCCCCUCAAGAGUCAGUCCUCUUUCACGCAUCCCUCCUCCACUCCUCCACGCGGCCUUUGAGUUGCUGUCGUCCAUCGAAGCACACAUGCUGUGA